UAGUUGCUGUUGUUCCGCAAAAAAAAAACAUCCAGCCAAUUCUUUGAACCGCCGAAUGCUGAUCUCUGCCCAAGAAUGAUGGCCAAGGACAAGGGGCUGGCCGUUGCCGGAGCGUUGGCUCCUCUGCCGGUCACCAUCGAGUGGUCCGCCGAGGAGGAACUGCAGCUGUUCCACGCCAUGGAGGGACUGCGGCCGGUGGGCAUCAACAAGCACUUUUACAUGUCAGCUAUUGCCCAGCGCUUGUCCAAGGCUCUGAACCGCGAGAUGCCCAGCGAGCUGAUCUGGCGCCACCUGGGCACCAUGUACAAACUGAAGGAACUGGACGACCUCGAGUCGCUGCCUUUUCCCAACGAGGAGCGCGAGUUCAGUCUGCCGGAGCAGGACUACGGAACGUUACAGACCAAAAAGGCUGUGGAACUGAAUGCCAUCGAAGAGGCAGGAGCAGAUGCCCCAACGCCAGUUGCAAAUUCUACUUCCUCCGCUGACAGCAAUGGCAAAGCUCCACCUGCUACCAAAGCCGCUGUGCUAUCGAACUCCACUAAGGAGGCCGAGAAAAAGGCCAAACCAGUGGAUCUGCCCAAGCGCCCAGCAAAGCGCACCCGCGGAUCCAUGUCGAAUGAAUCCAUCAGUCCCUCUACCACGCCACCGCCGGUGCAGAGCAACAAGCGCCGUCGCAUUUAGGGACUACGAACUCUCGAAAUGGACAAUUGUUAUGACAAGUUUUAGUUCACUAGCUUUACUGUACAUAAAUAAACGGAUUUAUUCUUCGAA